AUGGGCGGCACCAUUGGACUGAUGAAGAAGCUCCAAGAGCUCGAUCUCACUGAAAUCAAGUGUGAAAAUCUGACGGAAGUACUCGUCGAUAUAGAUCAACUAUCAUCUCUAACGAUCUUGAAAACAAUCAGAGCCAACCAGGAUCCCGACGAUUCGUCGUCCCUAAGAAAAAGGAACGACGAGGAAGAGCUGUCGUUAGCUAGGGUUCCCACGACCCUCAAGGCGUUGCACACAUCUUCUAAGUUUGUUAAUCUCUCGGAGUUGUUGGAGUUGCAGGAAAUAACGGUCGAGGAUUGUGAUUACGGGCUGCAAAUCCCUCCCGCCGACCAGAAUAAUGCGUGGUGGGAGGAAUCCAAAUUGGAGGUUGUUUCGCUUACAAGGACCAAGAUAGUCGUCGCUAAAACGAGCACGACGAAACUUCCAACGUCGCUAACUAGCGACAAUCCGAAAUACGGUGGCCUAAAGAAUGACUCCUCUGUAAAGGAGUUGUGCGUUCGCCUUUCCGAGUUGAACUCCCUGGAGCAGUUACAACUCGUUUUGUGCACGUCGCUUGAGAGGUUGAUAUUGCAUGCGGCUGGUUUCAAGCGACUCAAGGAGCUGGAUAUUCGAGGAUGCAAAAACUUGGCACCUCGUGACCUCUCUGCUCUUGGGGCGGAACUGCUCAAUGUAAACAUCAGAUGGCCGGAUGAGGAAUGCAUACGCUACGGAGAAGGGCCGUCGUUUUUUAUGGAUGAUCCUCUUGAGUCGAUGUGCACAAUGCAGUAG